AUGGAUGGACGGGCAAUUGUAAUUGACAAUGGCUCAUACGAAUGCAGAGCUGGCUUUUCUGUGAAAAACCAGCCUGUUAUGAGGUUUCGAAACAUCGUUACGAAAUCACGUUCUCGCAUAAAGGAGACUUUUGUUGGAGCUCCACCCGGUGAAUUUGACUACACCCAAUACAAUAUCAAAUCUGCUUUCGAGAAUAAUGUUGUUACUCAAAUAGAUGUUCAGGAAUCCGUAUUCGAUUACAUAUUUUCGAACCUUAACAUUACCAGUUCGGGAAUUGAUUAUCCAAUUAUAAUGAGUGAGGCUCUAUUCUGCCCUCAGCAAAGUCGAUCAUUGAUUUCAGAACUUCUUUUUGAGACGUAUUCGGCUAAUAAAUUAACAUACUUCGUCGAUGGUCUCGCGUCUUAUUAUUCCAAUUUUGGAUCAGAUCUUAAAGUAGACACUAUGACGGUUUCUCUCGGAUAUCACACGUCUCAAUUAAUUCCCAUUUCACAUGGAGAGUACAUUCCACCUGCGUGCCGUCGAAUUUCUAUUGGAGGGUCGUAUAUUUCGUGGUACCUACAAAAACUUUUAUCACUCAAAUAUCCAUGCCACGCUGAUAAGUUUAGCAUCACGGUUGCUGAGGACAUUGUCCAUCAAUUUGGAAAAGUUUGUGAGAAUUAUCGUGAGGAGAUGCAACGUUGGAAAGAUGAAGCAUAUUGCCAAGAGAAUACUCGAACUUGGUCUCUUCGCUAUUCUAACGAAACACAACGGAAAGCAGAAGAGCUAGCUGAAAGAAGACAAUUUCAGGCUGAUCGAUUAAGGGAAAUCCACCGUAAGCGGACGUUAGAUAAGAUGAAAGAAGAGGGGUGCUCAGAUGAUUCGGAUGAGAACCAGAGCUACACGUGUGAGGUCAAAAGAGUUCAUCUAUGUGACGAUAAAAACGAGUUGGAAUAUAAGGAUUCGAAUGAGGACACUCCACCCAUUUCUGAAUCGGGAAUUGGAGGGGAGGAUGUUUUGCGGAAGCUUGCGAACCUUCGAGAACGGAAAGCUAUGGAAUUUCUCUCCUCACUGGCUUGUCCCGCCUCUGUUCAGGCGCAAAUAACAGCAGCCCAACCUAAUACCAACCAAGGUUUGACGGAAGCGAAACUGAAACGCCGACAACAGGCUGCCAGUGAUCUCGAAGCAAGACGAGGAGAUGACCUCUCUCUCUGGCUCUCGCAAAUCAACAACACACGUCAACGCAUUUCCAGACAACGAACUCUGCGUCUAUCGAAAGUGGAUCUAGCCACCGAGUUGGGUCUUCACAGUAUGGAUCACGCAGAUGAUGUCAAGGUUGCGGGUCAAGUGUCAGCCGCGGAUAGAAAGCAACGCAAAAUUGAAAAGAUUCGUUCAAUGACCAAUGAGCUUAAGUCGGAUCGUGGGAAACGCCUGGAUAAUGGUCGUGGCGGCGGGGUCAAAAAAUCAACGACUCCUAAUACCAACCUCGAAGACGAGGACAAUUGGCCAGAUGCUGAUGUUGACGAGGAGGAAAUGGUAGGUCUGGAAAGCAGUUUUAGCGAUGAUGGAGAGUUUGAUGAAGAUGCAGAAUUCCAGGAGGGUCUCGAUUUAAUGGAUACGAGGGGAGUGACAGAGGAGAAUGAGGAGACAAUGUCUCUCUCCCCUGAGCGUCCCCCAUCUCCUUCCUCGUUUUACACUGCUCUGAGUAGGAAUAGGAGUCGGUCGAGGCUACGAACGAAGGAUGCUUUCGAUCGAUUGGAAGAGGAUGCGGGUGAUAUCUCGGAAUGCGAGAGAGAUCAGCUUGCUGUUUUGGAUAGCGUUCGUGCAGCAUAUGAUCCGGAAUUCAUCAAAGAAACAGGGACAGUAGGAUUGAAGGUUGAUGUCUCUGAGUACUACAAAAUUCGUCUCACCACAGAGCCUACUCGCUCAACAGAAGUACUCUUUGAGAGAAGUCUCUUGGGUGACUCACAAUCGGGAGUAGGCGAAUGCCUGUCAUGGGUACUACGAGACUCUUCGCGUUACCUCUUUGGAGAUAGCGCCAGUGUUAACAAUUCCUGGGUUCCGCGACGACUGUUCCUUACCGGCGGACCGGCUGCACUUCCCGGAAUGCCGCAACGAAUGCGACUGGAACUACAGCAGCUCCUCCCCUGGAAACCGGAAGGAAAUCCUCUCGAUGUGAUAGUCGCCGUUGACCCAAGCCUGGACGCUUGGAAAGGCGCACAAAUGUGGACUAAAACAGCAGCCGAAAACGGUUUCACCGAAUUCACAACAAGGCAAGUCUAUGAGGAGUGUGGAUUUGACUACCUGACCGAAACUGCCAUUAGCAACCGUUUUUACGCCAGUCUUAAGGACCUACAAGUAAAUCCCAAGUUCAAUCCCGGAAGGGGUAGGCAAAUUGCUGGAGUUUUGCCAAAAUCUCAAAAUCACGAAUUAUAA